AUGACCGAAUUCUGCAUCGUAGAUAAAUCCAAUCACAUAAUGACCGUGCGCUUGAAUCGACCUGAUCGACUGAAUGCACUGCAUCCACCAGCCAACGCUGAACUCGGCGAAGUAUUUGAUGAUUUUGCUGCGGAUAGUGACAUGUGGGUGGCGAUCAUCACUGGCGAGGGCCGCGGUUUCAGCGCGGGUAACGACUUACGCUACCAGGCGGAAGGCGGUGAACGCGUGCCCAUGCCGCGCGGUUUUGGCGGCUUAACUUCUCGAUUUGAUCUGAGCAAACCGGUCAUCGCCGCAGUUAACGGUGUCGCCAUGGGCGGCGGAUUCGAAAUUGCGCUGGCAUGUGACCUGAUCAUUGCUUCGGACAAAGCCCGUUUUGCGCUGCCUGAGCCCAAAGUUGGCCUCGCUGCACUGGCCGGCGGCCUGAAUCGACUGCCUCGACAGAUAGGACCAAAACGUGCCCUGGGCAUGAUUCUGACCGGUCGCCACGUUGCCGCAGAAGAAGGCGAAAAACUGGGUUUCGUGAAUGAAGUUGUGCCUCAUGAUGAGCUCAUGUCGGCUGCGCUACGCUGGGCGAAUAUGAUUACGGAGUGUGCACCGCUGUCGAUCCGGGCAAGCAAAGAUGUGGUUUAUCGAAGUCUCGACAACCCUUCUUUAGAGGCAUCCAUGAAGGCUAAGUAUGAUUCGGUACAGAGCAUGGUCACCAGUGAAGAUUUCAUCGAGGGACCAAAAGCGUUUGCUGAGAAACGAAUUAACCACCAAUGCCUGAGCGGCAACAAUGGCAUCGGCGACUACGGCAACCGCGAGACAGAUAUCGUUGAGCGUUUCCGUUUCGCCGCGCUUGGACAUUUCAGUCACAAUUUCGGUCUGCGGAACGGUCACGUGCAACAGGUCACACAUAAGGAUCUGAUUGCUGCCGCCCUUGCAGAAGUAGACACCCUCGACAUUGACGAUGCUGUUGCCCUGCUCGAUCAGGAAGACAUCGUAUUUGUAGAUAUCCGCGACCCGCGCGAACUGGAACGCGAAGGUAAGGUGCCCGGCGCGGUGCAUGCGCCUCGCGGUAUGCUGGAAUUCUGGGUGGACCCCACCUCACCGUAUUACAAAGAGGUUUUCGGCUCGGAUGCUAAGUUUGUGUUCUAUUGCCAGAGCGGCUGGCGUUCUGCUCUGGCCACCAAGGCUGUUCAGGAUAUGGGGCUCGAAAACGUCACCCAUAUCGGUGAAGGCUUUCGCGGCUGGAAAGAUGCUGGCGCCCCAACCGAAGAUGUCACGCCUCGCGGCUGA